CUUAACAGUUCACAAAACUCCGAAGAAAAUACUAAAGAUGAAUAUGAAGGCUUUUAUGGCACUAUAUAUUUCAGUCGCUUUUCUUCAAUCGUCUGUUCAGUAUAGUUUAUCAGAUGCCGAUUUGGAUGACUUUAAAAAGCUAGGGCAAUACUGCCACAAAGAGAAGUUAGCUUUAUCAAUCAAGAAUGACACUACAAUUGACAAGUGCGCCCGGCACUGCGUUAUGGAAAGGAUGGGAUUCGUUUCAAAUGGCAAGGUUAACAUUGAUACCCUCAUAAAAAAAGGAAAUAUUUAUGCGUACAACGCAGAGCACCAAAAGGCAAUAGAGACCCAGUGUCGAUCUAUCGAGGAUGCUCGAAAGUGUGAGGUCGGUUUUCAACUAUCGGAGUGUAUCCAAGCCACAGGCGAUAGGGCAAUGAACAAAAUACCUGGACUUAACCGUAAAUUCAAUAAAUUAAUUCUUCAGAGCCUUCUUGAAAAGUGUCGCUUGAAAAAUUUUUUAAGAAACGUUAAGCACCUUUAGAAAAUACAGGCAAUACUUGAUAUGUUUUAAAGUAUGUCAUUUGAGCCAGUCUAGAUGUUCUUUGAUAAUAAUAAUACUAAUACUAAAAAAAAUUCAAAAACAUUAUAGCCACAUAGAUAUUUUCUAUUAUAUUUUAAACAUUUUAAAAUGUGGUAUAUGUCUUACAGCUGGUAUUGCAAAACUCCAAGUACAGUCUUGAUCCCAAAAAUAAAUACGUUAACAAUAAGGCUUUCUGCAAGUUUUCUGUAGUGGCCUAUAUAUAGGUUACAAUAUGUAAAAUGUAUAAUAUAGUUUAUUUGAUGAAGAUUUUUGUGAGCUUAAGACCCUAAUGUUUAACUAACAAUACUUUCCUGUUCAAACGUUCAUAUUUCAAUAUAUUUUUUAUAACAAAA